AUGCACAUAGGUGGAAAAAUACGAAUACCUAUGUCUAAGGACAUAAAAUAUUUUGAAGUUGUGAUAAUGCGGGAUUACCACCAUGACAACGUGGUUGACAUGUACAACAGCUACCUUGUCGGCGAUGAGCUCUGGGUGGUCAUGGAAUUUCUAGAAGGCGGUGCCUUGACGGACAUUGUCACUCAUACCAGAAUGAAUGAAGAACAGAUAGCUACUGUUUGUCUGUCGGUUCUAAGAGCUCUCUCCUACCUUCACAAUCAAGGAGUGAUUCACAGGGACAUAAAGAGUGACUCCAUCCUCCUGACAAGUGAUGGCCGGAUAAAGUUAUCGGACUUUGGUUUCUGUGCUCAAGUUUCUAAAGAGGUGCCCAAGAGGAAAUCACUGGUUGGCACUCCCUACUGGAUGGCGCCCGAGGUGAUUUCUAGGCUACCUUAUGGGACAGAGGUGGACAUCUGGUCCCUCGGGAUCAUGGUGAUAGAAAUGAUCGAUGGCGAACCCCCCUACUUCAAUGAGCCUCCCCUCCAGGCCAUGCGGAGGAUUCGGGACAGUUUACCUCCAAGAGUGAAGGACCUACACAAGGUUUCUUCAGUGCUCCGGGGAUUCCUAGACCUGAUGCUGGUGAGGGAACCCUCCCAAAGAGCCACAGCCCAGGAACUCCUUGGACAUCCAUUCUUGAAACUGGCAGGUCCGCCAUCUUGCAUCGUUCCCCUUAUGAGACAAUACAGACAUCACUGAGUAGAGGAUUCUACUGGUGGAAUAGUUGGAAGAGCUAGAUGAGGACAUGAGAAUAAUUCAGGAGAACAUGAGGAACAUGAAAAAGGCCUGUGUACUCUAACCAGCUGAUCAGUGGGACAAUGUGAUGACAGGCAGGGUUCAACAGACCAGGGCAUCUUCUUGUGUCUUAAAACAGGCAUCUCUCCACUGACAGCUGGCGUGGUCAUUUGGAACACGGCUUUAAUAAGUCAUUAUUAUAUUUUUCAACCCUUCAUCCAGCAAAUCAGAAGGACUCAGUACAAACUCCGUUACGACAUAUCCUAGCCACAUGCAGGGUAACGCAUAGGAUUUUCUAUAUUGAAAGAAUACUUUUCUGGCAAAAAAAAAAGGAAAACAAAAAGCACUUUUUUCUUAAUGGUAGCAGUGUAAUGUAUUUUGCAAUGAAUUUGUAAUUUUUCUGUACGAUAGUUUUGAUAAUUUAUAGUACUUUGAUGUCACGUAGCCAUAGUAUAAGUUAAAGUAAUACUUGUUUACUAGCAAGAGUUUGAACAAAGCCUUUCCUACUUUUUUAUCCCUUUCAGAGAAACAACGAUUCUUUAGGAACUUUGAAUACUGAAUGACUCUCAAUCACCGUCAGCUUUAGUAGAAUAUCUUUCUUAUCUUAACAAGUGUCUUAUGUGAUGGAGGAAGAGUUAAGAGUGAUGGUGAUGGAGGUGCACAUUUCAUUUAUCCAACCAAAAAUAAUAAAAUUGGAGCCACAGUAGGCCACCAAGCCACUCCUUGAGAUAAAGCUAAAUCUUUGGAAAAUUCAAAUUUUCCUUCAAGGCUAUUAAUCGCAGACCAGUGUUUGCACAGCAGGGUGUUUCCCCUGUCACGCCCUCUCUCCAGUGGGUGCGACUCCCCCCCACCCCUGUGUGGCCACAUUUCCCGCCAAGGGAGCAAUUUUCAGUGCUAGGAUCAUUGGACUCAGUUCCCCAAAUUGAAUGUUAAAGGAAGACUGAGAAUUCCAGUCUCACUAAGGGAAAGGAGAGAGAACAGGGCAAGAUGUUUGGUUUUGUUUGUCACUGUUUUGAAAACUCUGUAUGCUAGCACACCAAACUCUUGUCUGUAUUUACCGUCGUACCACAGUAUUGCUAUUGUUCCUGUAUCGUGCUGGAAGUCAGGACUGACUCUAGAGGAUGAAUUAGGAAGGGGGUAUUUUACCAGGUGUGUUCUGACUUCAGUUGUGACCCUGUUAUAAUGUGUUUCCGACAUAGGGGAGUUGUGCUGCUGACUAGAUCUUCUUGAAUGUUGAUAAAAAUGAAUGACUACUACAAUACAUUUUGUGUUGCUUGUUGGAUGAAUUUGCAUGUUAACUGUAGGCCAAUAUAGAUUUGCCUUUAAAAACUCUGGAAGAGCUACAUAGUCAUCAUUAGUUUCUGUUAAUUAUGCAUCAGAAAAAAAAGCCAUUUGUUACCAAACUGGAAAACCAGAGGCUUUUCUUAAUGACUUCAACAUACUGUAACAAAUAGGGAUUUAAAUUUGUGAAAAUGCUCUGGUUUCUGUAAGCAUAAUUAAGAAUUUUUGUAAUUAAUAGGUUGCUAAUUAUUUAUUAUAGCUAAAAAAGAAAAAAAAGGCAUAAAAUGACCUUCUACAGAGUAGAUUUUUCAGUUUUUCCCCCCAAACUGGAAAUGUCUCACCAUGAAUAGGACCUAUAAUUUUGUUUCAUAAAACACAACAAAUCAAUGUUUUAUGUAAAAUAUUAAAAUAUUAAUAUAAAUAUGUAUGAAUAAAAAUCUAAAUCCAGAAAAUGACCGUCCUAAAAGUUCAUGGAACAGAUUGUAUUACUUUAACCAGGACUAUGUAGAAGUAGAAAGAAAAAGAAAAUCUUUUUUUAACCAGAACAAAUAUUAAAAACCAUUGCAGAAAAUUGUGGAUUUUGGAUUCCAAACAUUUUCAACAGUGUAAUAGAAAUUUUUCUGUAAUUUUCUUAUCACUGGGUAUUUUAUAAAUAUUCAUUGAGUUUACCGAAAGUUACUGUAGCUUAAAAGGUUUUGUGAGCACUAACUAUUGGCAGAAACUGCACUUGCAAAUAAAAAUAAAUGUUUGCCUUUUUCCCA